CGUUACUUGCUGCCGAGUUACCACACUCUGAAUGCACUGAGCACACACCGCACGUCAAGAGAGAAAAGCUUUGCUAUCCGAUGCCUAAACUGGGGGUAUGGAUUGGAGAGAGAAUUAAAGAGCAAAUCUUAAUUAAACCACAUGUCAUCUUUGGAGGCUGGACAAGCAGACACAGCUGAGAAGCUGUCCAGAUGCAAGAUCUUCCAGAAAAAGUAAGUUGGAGGCUGGGUGACUUACGGUUUCAGGAGCCGAUUAUUUCUCAGUCCCUGAAGACGGAUUCUUUCCCCCCCUCCAGGAAUAAAAAGAAUGAACUUUGGGAGAUACUAUCUUUUUGUCGUUCCCGUGCUGAGCGUGGCCCUCUUCGUCCUGCUAUACAACCAUCAACUCUAUCAACCAAAGAGUUAUCAGAGGUUAAAUGUGUCUAAUGAGCGAUAUUCUCUAUCCCAGUCCUGUAAUACCGUCAUAGAAGGGAAGUCAACAUUUGUGUGGGAGAAAGUAUUAAUGCCUUCAUUUGGAAGAGUCUCUUGUAAGGAGUACUUGCACCAUAGUCACUACAUAACAGCUCCCCUGUCGAAAGAAGAAGCCCAGUUUCCUUUGGCCUAUGUAAUGGUUAUUCAUAAGGAUUUUGAAACCUUUGAGAGGCUCUUCAGGGCGGUUUACAUGCCCCAAAAUGUUUACUGUGUUCACGUGGAUGAGAAGACUACAGAUGAGUUUAAAGGCGCUGUGGAGUGGUUGGUGGGCUGCUUCCCCAAUGUUUUCCUUGCCUCCAAGUUGGAGCCUGUUGUUUAUGGCGGAAUAUCCAGGCUCCAGGCUGACCUGAACUGCAUGAAAGACCUUGUAGCCUCUGAGGUUCAGUGGAAGUACAUUAUUAACACUUGUGGGCAAGAUUUCCCUCUGAAAACCAAUAAGGAAAUAAUCCAGCAUUUGAAAGGAUUUAAAGGGAAAAAUAUCACCCCAGGGGUGCUGCCUCCUGCACAUGCUAUUGAAAGGACUAAAUAUGUCUUCAAGGAAUAUAUUACCCCUCAAACAUCAUAUAUGCAAAGAACCAAAAUUUUAAAAUCCUUGCCGCCCCAUCAAUUAGUAAUUUACUUCGGCUCAGCUUAUGUUGCCCUCACAAGGGAGUUUGUCAACUUCGUUUUUCAAGACCAUCGGGCCAUUGAUUUACUCCUAUGGUCUAAGGACACCUACAGCCCUGAUGAGCAUUUCUGGGUGACACUCAAUCGGAUCUCUGGUGUCCCUGGAUCCAUGCCAAAUGCAUCCUGGGAAGGAAACCUCAGAGCUAUAAAGUGGCACGACAUGGAAAGUGAACAUGGAGGCUGUCACGGUCACUAUGUACAUGAAAUUUGCAUCUUUGGAAACGGUGACUUAAAAUGGCUGUAUGACUCCCCAAAUAUGUUUGCUAACAAGUUUGAGCUUAAAACAUAUCCACUUACUUUAGAAUGCCUGGAACUGAGGCUUAGAGAAAGAGCCCUAAACCAAAGUGAAAUUCCAGUACAGUCAAGCUGGUAUCUUUGAUCCUCCAUGACUCCGGAUUCAAGAGAGUCAAGGCAGGAACAGAUGCUUAAUUAAUGACUUUCAGGUUGGAAAGGAAGCUCUUUAUUCCUUAAAGACUUGGUCAAAUCUCAGUUUUCAAGAAUUAGUUCAAAGAUGAUGACGAACAUUUUGGCACCCAAGAUGAAACACUGGCCAAAGCAGAAGCUGGUUUCCAAGUAAUGAUUAUGGACUGGUUGUGUACCUGUGACUUUUUUCAUUCUACAAAUUUCAUCGAUUGAUAUAUUAUAGAAACAAUGCCUGGGCCUUGAUUUUAUUGAAGACUCUUGUUAUAUCUACACAUCAGAAAUCCAAUGCAUGCUGAAAUAUAAAGAAAAAAGCCUAGUGCUCUUGUUUCUAUGUCUGCGACAAAGCAUAAUGAGUUCGCCCCCAAGAAGGAAUCAUUUCUGAUUUAUAACAGUGCCACAAUGAGAUAUAGACAAAUUCCACGUUCUUUCUCGCAUAUAUAUUUUUAGCAAUAAUUAGAUAUCUGGCUCUCUUUUCCCGAAACCCAGGCUGGCAGAAUUGAAGCCAGACAUUGGUUCUUCAGUACUGCUCUCUUUGAUUUUCUGUAGUCUAUAGAUUAUGUAUACUUUUAUGUCUCCAGCAAAGGAUAGAGCAGGAUUUGAAAUACUGAAUGAUGUCUGCUUCAUUGAAAAAAGUCUGUGAAAUUGUGUUUUCUCCAUUACAAAUUCUGGGUUUUCUGUGUCAUUAGCUCUCUUUUAUAUUUACCCACUGCGCAAGGAGUUGUGAUGCCAGCCUGGGUAUUUGCUGGAGAGCAGCUGUGAAAUGAAGAAAAUUUCAACUUUACUGAAGCAUAGAUUACUUCUCUGUGUGUAUGGGGAAAACAAUGCACUUUUAUGUCUGUGGGAUUUGAAAAGGAAUGAAUUCUUAAGUGCUGCUUGAACUCUCUGUAGUAUCAGAGCUAAUCACUACACCUUCCUGUGAUUUCUUCCAUGCCUUCUUAAUAGGAGCAUCCCAGAGAGUAGAUUCUACUCUGUCUAGCAGAGGUUUACCUUGAGCCAGUAUAAAAUAGCUUUGUCAGGUGGUAUCAGCUAGAGGAAUAUAAAACAGUACAGAUUUUGUUUCCAUUUUCCUUUUUAAUAAAACAAAGCAAGUAACUCUGGGCAUUCAAUCAUAGGAAGAAGAUUCUAAGUCCCUGAAAAUCAAUCGAGGCAGUUACCUCAGCACUAGUAAUUGUAGUGGUUAUAGAGAAUUGCAUAACCUCAUUCUUUUAAUGUGACGCAAUCAGGGUUUAAGAUACCUGCACCUGAGUUUUCCAGAAUUGCUGUCAGGACAUGGAGGCUUCAGGUUAGGGGACCAAAUUGAGACCAAGUUGAAGGCAAAGGAAAUUGGCCAACCACCUUGAGAGGAAAUGUUACAGGUUCUUUGGUAACUGGUUCCUCCUGUUAAAACAUUUCAUGCAUUUUUGAAGCUGGAACCUACUCAAAAGGAAGAGUAGAAGCCACAAUUUUUUUUUCUUUAGAGGAGGAGUCAAUCAUUUUGUAUUACACUGUGGCAUCUUAGGCCAUUUACUGUGAUCAGGAGAAUGUUCCAACUAUGACAAAAGCCAUCCUCCUCAGUAACAUUUGACUGAAGUCUAUGUUGGCAUCCCAUGAAUACUUUAGAUUGCUGCUUUUUUCUGAUUAAAAUUCUUACUAGAGAAUCAAUAGUAUAUAUUUAGGUAAGAAAAUGAUAUUUUUUCUUCUGUAAUUUGUGCUUAUUCAAAGUUAUACCUGUGUCACAUGUAAGGGAACCAACUUUGCCAAAGUUAAAGAAUAAACUGUGACCAAUCAGAGAGGGAAGACCAACCAGCUUGUAACCAGUGAUGUCAGAAAAUAGAUUCUGAAGAUCUAAAUGAAUAAGCUGGAAGCAAAAGAUUGUUUAAUACACUGCACUUUGCCAGGAGAAAUCUUUCAGGAAUAGAUGUUUACAUGUCAGCUACAGCUGUCCUACACACUUUCCAGAGGGAAUGGUUUGGAGGGAAGCCUCAAGCUGAUAGAUGAUCACUGGCCUGUUUGGCAUGCCCUUAAACUACUGAUUAUGUCUUUGUUUUGAAUGACUUUUAUGUUAUAUUUUCAUUGAAAUAAAUUAAUAUAUUGCUGUCCACCUUUAUAGGACAAUGUGUAGAAGUUGCUGGUGUUAUUAAUUGGCUGGUUGAUUAAAAUCCUUUGAGAAAAGCCGUUAUAUGAAGGCACUUCUCACAUAAAAAUUCAUUGAUUUAAAGAAAGGAGUUGAAAGAAAAUGAGAACUUUCUUCAGUUUGCUGUGAAUAAUUCAAAGCAAAACAGUGGUGUCAUACUCAUAGAAAGAGGUGGAACACCAGACCAUACAUAAGCAUCCCUGGGUUGCAUAUUGAUUUAGAAAACCAUAUAUUAACAUCCAUGUUUUAUUGCAUUUUUAUUUAUUUUGUAAAUCAUUUCCCAAUUACAUUUUAAUCUACUUCAGGCUACAAAGGUGCCACUCUUUUUGACAUCUCUGGCCUAAAAGAUGUCAUCAAAGAAAUAAUUAAUUGGAAAAAGAGAUAGACCAGUCAUAUGGCAAGAACAAGGGAUAACCAUCCCUACGUGGGUCAUUAGAAUUCAUGCAAUGUCAAAAGAACAGUUCCUAGCACAUUGAUUGGACCUCAUGGCAAAUGUAAGGGUAGACAUAAAGAAUAGGAUGGGGGAGGGGGGGUGGAGUGAUGGAUUUCGGUCUUCAUCAUUGGAGGGAAUUAACUACAUUGAUGAACUCUUAGGACGUAGGCAGUUAGGUGGCAAAGUGGCACAGUGGGCUCCAAAUCAGGAAAACCUGAGUUCAAAUCCAGUCUCAGCCACUUACUAGCUGUGUGACCCUGGGCUAGUCACUUAAGCUCAACCUCAGUUUCCUUACAUGUAAAGUGGGGAUUAUAAUAGUCCCUAUCUCCGAAGGUUGCUGUGACAAUAAAAUGAGAUGAUAUUUGUAAAGUGCUUUUCAAACCUUAACCAGUGGUGUAUUGGAACUCACUCCAACCAAUUUAAAAUUUUCAUUGUGAUCAUUUACAUCUCAGAAAUCAGCAAAUGCUAAUAAAACAGAAGAUUGAUUUGU